AUGGUGGGAUCCUCCUCCUCCCUCGACAGCUCCACCACCGUCCUCGCUUUCACCUCCGAUCGCCUCAACGAACUCAUCUUCAAGGACCACGUUCCCAUCGUUCUCGAUCUCGACUCCCCCUCCUACAACGCCUGGCGCACCUGCUUCGUGCUUCUUUUCCGCUCCUACUGCCUCAUCGAUAAUGUUGAUGGGAGCAUCGACAUCCGCGACAUGAAAGGCGACGAAGAAUGGCUGGCCAUCGAUGCUUGCAUCGUCAAGUGGUUGUUCCUCACGAUCUCGCGAGGGCUCUUCGACAUGGUGAACUGCCGCGACCCGUCCGCGGACGUCAUCUGGACACGGUUUUGCGACCUCUUCCUCGACAAUCAGCUCCAGCGUCGCGUGUUCCUCCAAGGGAAGUUUUUCACUAUGCAGCAAAACGAUCUCAUGAUGGACGAGUACUGCACCAAGCUGAAUGUUCUCUCUGCUGAGCUUCGCGGCGUCGGCAUGGUGGUCGAUGACUCGGUCCUCCUCACCAACCUCCUCCGCGGCCUCCACCCCAUCCUUGUCCAGUCCGCCGCCAACCUCUCCCUCACCAUGCCCUCCUCCGCGAAGGUUGUCACAUACUUGCGGAUGGAGGAGAAAUGCCUCCGUCAUGCGGAUCGGUAG